AUGGAGGACCGGAGGAAGAAGCGGAGCCCCAAAGCUUGCCUGGCCCAGCCAGCAUCCGCCGGGGCCCUGCGGCCGCUGCCCCCCAGCAAGAGCACGUCCUUCGCGCUGCCGCUGCCCACCCUGCCCUCGCCCAGGCAGCGUGCCCGGCUCAGGCGGACGAGCAAGGAGCGGGUGCGGGUGGGUGGUGCGGGCACGGCACGGGGGGCCCCGCUGCAGCACAGCUUCCUCACCGACGUCUCCGAUGUCUGCGAGAUGGAGGGCGGGCUGCUCAGCCUCCUCAGCGACUUCCACUCGGGCAAGCUGCAGGCCUUCGGGAAGGAGUGCUCCUUCGAGCAGCUGGAGCACGUGCGGGAGAUGCAGGAGAAGCUGGCGCGGCUCCACUUUGGCCUCGACGUCUGCGUGGAGGAGCUCCCCGAGGAGCAGAAGAAGGCGGCGGCUGACAGGAACCUGGACCAGCUGCUGGCACACCUGGAGGAGCUCAGCAGCUCCAUACAGAAGCUGCACCUGGCCGAGAGCCCCGACCCCGAGGACGCGGCGGCCUGA